CGCUCGCCCCGCGCCGCGCUGCCUGGGCGUGCGGGUGCGCCGAGGCGGCAGGGAAUGCGCCGGCGAGCGCCGCGCGGAUCUCGGAGCCCGCGGCAGCGCGCGUUCGCCGGCGGCGCGGUCCAGACCCCGGCCCCGCCAGCGCUGCUGGCCCGGCGGCGGCACCACGGGGUCCCAGUGCUCCGCGGCCGCCUCCAGCCGCGGGCGUCUAUAGAUCCUGACGUUCCAGUCGUUUCCCACUUUCCUCACUCCUUAUCUGGAUGGGAAGUUGGGGAAAAUGGACAGGAUCGUGGUGAGGUGGAUUGCUGUCUUCUGGCUAGCAGCCAUGGCUAAAGGCCUUCAGGUCACAGUGCCCGACAAGAAGAAGGUGGCCAUGCUCUUCCAGCCCACUGUGCUUCGCUGCCAUUUUUCUACAUCAUCCCAUCAGCCUGCAGUUGUGCAAUGGAAGUUCAAGUCCUACUGCCAGGAUCGCAUGGGGGAAUCCCUGGGCAUGUCCUCCCUUCGGGCCCAGUCUCUCAGCAAGAGAAACCUGGAGUGGGACCCAUACUUGGAUUGUUUAGACAGCAGGAGGACUGUCCGAGUGGUAGCUUCAAAACAGGGCUCGACUGUCACCCUGGGAGAUUUCUACAGGGGCAGAGAGAUCACAAUUGUUCAUGAUGCAGAUCUUCAAAUUGGAAAACUCAUGUGGGGAGACAGUGGACUCUAUUACUGUAUUAUCACCACCCCUGAUGACCUGGAGGGCAAAAACGAGGACUUCGUGGAAGUGCUGGUGUUGGGCAGGACAGGGCUGCUUGCUGAUCUCUUGCCCAGUUUUGCUGUGGAGAUUAUGCCAGAGUGGGUGUUUGUUGGCCUGGUGAUCCUGGGAGUCUUCCUCUUCUUCGUCCUGGUGGGGAUCUGCUGGUGCCAGUGCUGCCCUCACAGCUGCUGCUGCUAUGUCCGCUGUCCAUGCUGCCCAGAUUCCUGCUGCUGCCCUCAGGCCUUGUAUGAAGCAGGGAAAGCAGCAAAGGCCGGGUACCCUCCCUCUGUCUCCGGUGUCCCUGGCCCUUACUCCAUCCCCUCUGUCCCUUUGGGAGGAGCCCCCUCAUCUGGCAUGCUGAUGGACAAGCCACAUCCACCUCCCUUGGCACCAAGUGACUCUACUGGAGGAAGCCACAGUGUUCGCAAAGGUUACCGGAUCCAAGCUGACAAAGAGAGAGACUCCAUGAAGGUCCUGUACUAUGUUGAAAAGGAGCUGGCUCAGUUUGAUCCAGCCAGAAGGAUGAGAGGCAGAUAUAACAACACCAUCUCAGAACUGAGCUCCCUGCAUGAGGGGGACAGCAAUUUCCGCCAAUCUUAUCAUCAGAUGCGAAGCAAGCAGUUCCCUGUGUCUGGAGACUUGGAGAACAAUCCUGACUACUGGUCAGGUGUCAUGGGAGGCAACAGUGGGGCAAGCCGGGGGCCGUCAGCUGUGGAGUAUAACAAAGAGGAUCGAGAGAGCUUCAGGCACAGCCAGCAGCGCUCCAAAUCUGAGAUGCUGUCCCGGAAGAACUUCGCCACUGGGGUGCCGGCCGUCUCCAUGGACGAGCUGGCGGCCUUUGCAGACUCCUACGGCCAGCGGCCCCGCCGGGCCGAGGGCAACAGCCACGAGGCCCGGAGCGGGAGCCGCUUCGAGCGCUCCGAGUCCCGGGCGCACGGGGGCUUCUACCAGGACGGCUCCCUGGAGGAGUAUUACGGCCAGCGCAGUCGCAGCCGCGAGCCCCUGACCGACGCGGACCGCGGGUGGUCCUACAGCCCCCCGCGCCGACGGCCGCCCGAGGAUGCGCACCUGCCGCGGCUGGUGAGCCGGACACCAGGCACGGCGCCCAAGUACGACCACUCGUACCUGGGCAGCGUGCUGGAUCGGCAGCCUCGGCCCGAGGGCCCCAGCCGCGGCGGCAGCCUGGAGACGCCGUCCAAGCUGAGCGCGCAGCUCAGCCAGCGAAGCGCCUCCUACUACGCCUGGUCGCCGCCUGGCACCUACAAGGCGGGCCCGCCGCAGGACGACCAGGAGGACGCGUCCGACGACGAGGACACGCUGCCGCCCUACAGCGAGCUGGAGCUGACCCGCGGCCCGUCCUACCGCAGCAGAGACCUGCCCUACCACAGCAACUCCGAGAAGAAGAGGAAAAAGGAGCCGGCCAAGAAAACUAGUGACUUUCCAACCAGGAUGUCCCUUGUGGUCUGAUGUUUCGACAUCUCUCUGAAUAACCAGAAAUCACAUGCAGACUACGGGGACAAGACACGUAUCCAAGAGCCAAGUAGGACCAGGACCUUCUCUGGCUAUCACCUUGGAAGAUUUGCUGACCUCUGCUUUGGAAGAUUUGCUGACCUCUACUUUGGCAAAAGAUGGGAGGCAGCCUUUAAAGGAGGCUGAUUUUAAACCUCUGUUCCCAUCUAACUAGUUUGAGAACUUACCAAGAAAAUGACAUAUGGAAAUAUUCCCACAUACAGAGUUUCUCACCAUAGAGUUUAUGUCCAACCUCCUUCCUUAGUAAAACCAGGACUCCAUUUCCAAUUUUAAAGGAGAAUUAGCUCUUAACUGCUGAUCUCCAGAAAUUGCCUAUGCCUACAGUAUGCUUUUCUAUACCUCUUGUGCUAUGCUUAGAGACAGAAGAACUUAUUACUACUAUUAGAAGGCUUUCUGCUGACAAAAGAAGAUAGCUUCAAGGCAAAUAUAUACCUUUUAUACCCAUCACUUCCCAGUCACUAGUCAAUGACUAUUGUUACACUAAAAUCAAAAGGCCUUUGGUGAGCUCAGUGACAGUGACCUCUGGGACAAUCACAGAAAUGACUUCGAUUUGCCAUUAUAAAUGACAAUUCUUGAGUGGCUGGGACAAAACAAAAGAGAGUGUGUCUUUUGAAAGCUGCCUAAGUGGUAUUUCUUUUUCCACUCCUAGAACAUGAACUGCUUUUUCUCCUGCUGUACACAUCCAUAUCUGAAUUUUGGACGUGAAGGGCUCUUCUCUUUCUCUCCUUUCUGGAACUUUCCGCAGGUUGGUGCCACACAAAGAGCCCCACCCCACUCUGCACUCUGAUUAGAUUGUCAUCAGGUGCCUUUUGAUAAAUACUUAAACUAGACAAAUGAAAGAGAAGAGGGAGAAAAAGAGGAGAAAACAGUAACAAAUAGAAAAGACUGAGAAAGAAUUUAAGAGGAGAAUGACAUAUUUGGAAUGUGGGUCAUUUCCGCUACAAAUUCCAUUCAGUCUUUUCUGGUUUUGUGCUUCAUUUACCAUGAAUUGUUUCUGCCAUUCCAGGACACCAGAGAUGUGGAGCAUGCAUCUCUUGCCCGAACUAGGCCACCACUGUAGACACUUACGGGAAAAGAAGGCUAUUGCUUUCUCAGGAAGGAGCGCUUCCUAUUACCACCCUUGCUUAAGUAAUAUAUUUUGCCCGAAUCCAAAAGCUAGACCUCUGUGGAUUUUGUAAUUUGUAUAGAUUUUAAAAUAGCCACAAAGUCCUCCCUUCUCAUCAAAAAGUGCAGUCUUUUCUACUCCUUGAAUCUGAAAUUGGCCAUAUGAUUUGAUUUGACCAAUGGCUCAAUAGCAAAUGUGAUACAAGUAAAGACUAAAAGUUCUCAUGAAUGGGGCUUGACCUUUCUUGCUGCUCAUGGGAACCUUGACCACCAGCAAGUAAAUGAGCCUGUACUAUCUUCUUGCAUGAGGAGAGAAAAGAGCUCAAUUACUCCUGAUCCCCCAUCUGACAACCUGUCAACCUUCAGCUGAUUGCAAACAUGAGUGAGUCCAGCCAAGACCAAAAGAAGAACUGCCUUGCUGAGCCUAGCCCAAAUUUCUGAUUCCUACUCAACGUGUGAGAGUUGACACACUUUAUAUGUUCAUUUCUCUUCAAGGACAAAAUCGACUCUUCUUGUCCAGUGUUCUCUGAAUCCCUCACUCCCUCCAAACCUAGGUAUCUCACAGCCCCUGCUUUACCUUACAGGCUUUUAUCAAAGCAUUUCACCCUACACAGUUAUGAGGGGAAAAAUGGUUGAGUUAAAUCACUAAAGGACAAUAAUGCUUGACCUUGCUUCCCCUAAUCCAGCAGUGGUUCAUUCCCUAUCUGUGGAUCCAUGAAAAACCUCUGAAGGAUGUUUCUUUUUCACUAUCUCCUUGCUUUUCCCCAGAGCCAUCUGAUUGGAGCUGAGCCCUGUUUUCAGAGUACCAUUCCACUAGUAUCCAUUGUACUUCAUGAUAGAAAUUAAAAAAACAAAAUCCCAUGUUUGCAAUGAAAUAAAGAAGCGGCCGAGUGCGAGUCAGAGGGAUGAACUGGUAUACUACUUGGAGAACUGGCCCACGGAAGGACUUCACAGAUGCUUUGGUAUAUCCCAGAGCAGUCAGGAGAACAGUUCAAACCAGUGCUGGCACUUCCAAGGGCUGGAAGACACAAGCCAUAACCCUGGUGCUGAGAUUUUUAGACUUGCUGGUGUCCCUGGCCUCUGAAAGCCUAGGUCUAGUCUGUCUGUUCGGGCCCCAGUUCAAAUGGAAAAGAUGAUGAAAACAUCAUUUCUUAGUCACCAGCUUUGGAUUUCAACUUGCUCAGGCAAUUUCGAAGAAUGUUGGGUAGUUGCAGCAGCUAUUAUCGCUUUAUACUGAGCACUGUGUCAGGCUUCUCACCACCAAAGAGCCCCAUAGCACGAACUACAGAGACCAAAAAUGUUGCUUUUUUUUUUUUUAAGCUGCAGGCAUGUAUGAUUUUGAUGAAGAUAGCAAUGAGAAAGAAUUAUUAAAAUUGGAAACCUGUAAUUCCAAAGACAGCAAAACUACGUAAGACAGACAAUAAAAAAAUACAAGGAAGAUAGCAAGCUACUGGAAUUACCUGGGUGGUCAGGACCAGGUUGUCCUCUGUAGGGCUGCAUAAAUCACUCAGACUUCCAGGCCUUCAGUGGAGAGAAAAAGCAAUUGUUUCUGAGUGUGUGGGCAAGAGAUAAGACUAAAUAAACAAGUCAGGCGAAGCUGGCUAUCCUCAAUACCCCUGGCUUUUCUCUCUGUAGCCCUUUGUUUCUUUUCCCUUGAAUAGUGUGUUCUUCAUAGGAAGUACAUGUUAGCUUCCUUCCUAGGUUUUAUUUGAGUACAAAAUAAGUCUCAUGUUAAGACAUGAGCUCUGUUUAUGGGACCCCUCAAUUUAAUAGGGAAAUAAGACAUACCCAAGAAAGAAUUAGGAGAUUUUAUAUAUAUAGUAUGAAAUUGUGCUAUGGAUAAAUAACAAUAAACACAGAGAUUUAAAGGUUUUUAAAAUUUAAAUAAUAUUUUGAUACUUAAGUGUUGUAUGUGUUUGUUUAACAUCCUGCUUAAGGGGUAUGCUCGGUGAUCUGAAAAGCUAAUAUUCAAAAGUCUGAACUGGAAGGAGGUGAAUUAGAUCCUGGAAGGGUGAGCUGCAGGAGGUCCGGAGCAAUGACUCACAAGCUCUUUUUGCCUGUGAGUCACAACUGCAUGAGGGAGAUGCUGGAGGAGGGGGUGUGGAUGCAGGUGGCAUGGGUGUCACCCAGUAGGUGAACUGCUUCUCUAAGCCAUCCAUAAACUCAUCAGGAAUUUGGGGACAGUAGCCAUGGACCUGGUGAUGCAUACUAGGUCUUCUACCCAAGCGUGCUCACAGGAGAGCUCACCAUCUGCUCCACGGGCUCAGUUCUGCAGCUUUGAGUGUUGCUGCCCACCUUCCCUAACACAGCACAGGUCUGAGAGAGAUGGUGGGCUGCUCAUCUCCCUUUUAAUGACCCUCAGUUUGCAUUUGUCAUAGGACUGAGCACACUUGGCAGGGGAAAAGACUGCCACUCAAACCUGAGGUUCCUAGCCACCUCUGUAAAUAUUUCUGAAUAGUCUGCAAAACCUCAUAUAGACAACCUUAGAUAUCCUUUGAGCAAAGCUGAAGUAACAGAUGUUGUUGUAAUUUACCCCCUUAACACUUUAAUAGAUGGAGAAACUAUCAUUGUCAUUACUGAAGUCACGAACCUAUUGGGUCUUUAGAUUACCAAUCUCAACUCCCUUUCGGCUGGAUCAGUGUUUCCCAAAAUUGCCUAACCAUAGGAAUUGCUUAAUUGCUGUUGUUUAUAUAGUUGUGAACCAAUGGGAGGGGGGUGGUCAGGUACCCUGUUUGUUUUCACAUGUUCCUGAUACACAUUGGUAUGUGACUGUUAAAGGCAUCUCCUGUCUCCUGCCUUGGAGGUUGAUUGGAUGGGUCAAGAGCCAGGAUUGGCACUUUUAAUAAGCAUUUCAGGGGCGUCUGCAGCUGGUUGCAUUGGGAAAAUGUUGCCCUCAGUCUUAUCUCUGGUACACCCCAAAGAGUUUGUCCUGAGACUUCCCUGAGCUUUGCAAUUUUUUUUCCAAGUGUCCCAGUGAGGUCCCUCUCACUCCUAUGGGUGGGCUGGCAGUGGUGAGGCUUCCAGCAGUCAGGCUGUUGCCCUGGGGUGGGGCUUACCAGAGUACAGUAGUGGGAAAACUGUGAGGCAGUGAGACAGUUGACAGUGAGGCAGUGACACUCCCUAGGAGCCUGUUACAGAUGUUUCCAUUCCCAGAAUAGUGAUCUGUUGUGACAAUCUCAGAUCAGACAACAAGAUUACAGGUAAUUUUCUCAUUCCCUUGAUGCCAUUCUGAACAAAAUUUAGAUUAUGAAUAGAAAGAAAAGAGGCCAUUGUGGAGAUGGCAAAGGUAAAUCAUGUUUUAAAGAGGCAUAUGAUAAAUACCUAGCUGAUCAACCUGAAGACUCAAAGUGAGAUGGGCAAGAAUACUAAAAUCUACAUCAUAUAUCCUUCCAAAAUGAGAUUUAAAUGCUUCCAGAAUCUUAAAGAGUUUGAAAUCAAUUGAUAGAAUACUUAGAAAUCCAAAUUUGCUAAAAUAGGGGACCAGGUACUUAGAGUCUAGAGAGAAAAAGUGUCUAGUGUUUUUUCUGCCAGGAUCCUACCUCCUAGUCACCUGGGAACGGAUCACUGAAGCUUUUAACAGAGUGGGACAAAGAUAAUGUUGAGCUGCUUUAAGCAGCAGCCUGAGCUUUAACACUGCCUGAGAGUGAUAAGAAGGUUAAUACUAAUAAUAUUUGUAUCAUUUUUAUGGUGUGUUAACUGUUUACAGGCCACUUUCACAUGCAUUUUCUCAUUUGAUCCUAACAUCAACCCCUGUGAUAGACGCAGGAUAGGGUGGAUGUGGUGGUCCCUUCAUACAGAUUGUAAAACCGAGAUUGAAAAAGGCUGUGAUUUGCCUGUACUUAAAUGACUUUAAAUAUAGAGCCAGGCCUUCUGAUUGUCGCAGGGUUCUUUGCAAUUCGUCCAAUACCAGUGGGACUGGAAUCUGGCUUAUUCUCUUUACAGCCAAAUACCUGGUGAAAAGAGUCCUGGCCUUGAUGUUUGCUCAUGCUGGGUGUGGGGUGAAGCUUUGAAGGUAGACACUGUCACUGCAUCUAACUGAUCACCAUUCCUCAAAUGCUCUUGUAAGAGAGAGUUGGUGUCACUCUCUACUUGAGCAUUACUAAUGAAAAUGAAACUCUCCUUGUUUCAUUUUCAUUAGUAAUGCUGUGAGGAGAAAAGGCUUUGGUUAAUGUGUGCUUCAGCUUUUCUUUUCAAAAUCCUUCUUGAGGGAUUUCUGAACCAAACUAUAGAUUUAGCUUGACUUCAGAAAUUCCAGGAUUGGGGGCAGGAGCUGCUUAGGAGGAAGAAUAUCUGACAUCUUCACUACAUUUUGGGAUUUUAAGUAGAACUAAGAGGGGCCAUACACAGAGACAAGGAAGGUAAGAAGGAGAAAGAUAUAGAAGCUUAGCGAAAAGUUCUCUUAGAGUUUCUUAUUGGGGCUGGACAUGCGUUAAAUGUAGGAAGCUAAAGAGAUACACAUACCUUCUCUUUUACUUUGGCUUUAAAGAAAAGCCACAUUAUUUGACAAAAUAAAGUUUUAGACACUACUACAUGAAAAUUCUCUCAUAGUAAUAAAGAAUAAAGGAAUAGAAGAAACAAUGGGACUUCUGAGGGUCAGAAGUCACCUGUCCAGUUGUUUUUGUGCCUUUUUUGUGACAUCAGAACUGAACUAUUUGUAUCACUGUUGCCUGUGAUUUUUUUUUCUGUGUCAGACAUACAAAAUGAAUUUAGUUAUAAUGUUUUAAAUUAAAUAAAGCAUUCUCACCUACAUUUGUUACCAAGAACUCUUAAUUAACAUAAAAAUGGUUAAUCAUGAUCUGACAUUAAAUGGCC